AUGGCUCUCCCCAAAACCCCCAGCAUAGUCCUCUACGGCUACGAAUCCUCGACCUUCACCCUCAAAGUCCGCCUGGCCCUGCGCAUUAAGCAGAUCCCUUACAAAUUCGUGACAGUGCCAUCCAUGAUGCCGCGUCCGGCGCUGCGCAACACUUUCAACCUCACCUACCGCAAAAUCCCCGUCCUGACCAUCGGCCGCGACCUGUACUGCGACACCUCGCUCAUCGUCGAAGCGCUCGAGCACUUCUUCCCGGCCUCGGAGGGGUAUAGAUCGCUGUAUCCCCCAACAGCGGAUGGAAGAGAUUAUAGGCCUUUAAUUCGCGGAUUCGCCUCGUACUGGACCGACAGACCGCUGUUCCGCGUGACUACUGGACUCAUGCCUGCAAGCAUCUGGCGCUCCGCCUUCGGCCGGGACCGAGAGGGCCUAAUCGGGCACAAAAUCGACCCGGACAAAUUGGAGAAGAAGCUGCCCGAGAACUUGUCGCGGCUGGAUAUGCAUCUCUCUAUGCUUGAGCCGCUCUUCGCCGGCAACGGGGGUAACGGGGCUUUUGUCUUCUCCACGCGCUCGCCGUCGUUGGCGGAUAUUUCCCUCUACUACCAGCUCGAGUGGGGCACCGACAUGGCGUCCGGCCGCAAUCAAAGCAAUCUCACCGGCGGCGAAACAAAGGACACAGAUACAGAGGGCGUGAAGCCGGUGUUCAACUCGCAACGCUACCCCGGCUUGUCCGCGUGGUACAAGAUGUUCAAAAACUACGUCGACGCCCUGCCAGCUGUGGAGGAGAAAGUGGAGAGCAUAGAAGCGGUGGUGAAGGAGAUCCAGGAUUCCCCAACCCUGGGCCCCAAAUCCUUACUGCUCCCGACGCCGAAUACCGCGCAGGCGGAACUGGAUCGAAAGUGUGGGCUGACGGAUGGGGCGCUGGUGUCGAUUGCGCCUGAUGAUACGGGCAGAGAUGAUCCGACUGUUGGAACGCUGGUGGCUUUAUCACCGGAGGAAGUCGUGAUCAAGCCGCAGAAACUCGGUCCCCCUGCCGUGAUAGAUGUGCGCAUUCAUUUCCCCCGACUCGCUUUCGUGGUGCGCCCGGUGCGACAAGAGAAGCUGUGA